UUGGGUUUACGCCUCAGCCCGGGGCCUCAAGGUUCUUUGCGUAUCAAAAGCUGAGCGGGAGCUGUUUGCUCCUGUCACAACACCGAGCUGAUGGAUGGGGUGAAAAUCUGCCCCUGUGAGACCAUAAAAACCCGCAAUGACCCUGGGAGUGUGUGUGAUACGUGACGAUUGUGCCUGUGUGUUUUGAUAACCGAGUGAUGCCGUUUAUUUUCAGAUUUUGGUGCACGGGUGCCCGAGCGUGGGAAAGCCUUUGAAGAGCAAAUCCGUCCGGGAGACGCAAAGCCUGGCUCAGUGGGCACCGAGCAGGGUCCUGAUUACAGACCCCUUGAGUAACGUCUGUGCUGGGUGAUGGUCUUCCCUGCCAGCUGCACAAGCAGAGCUGGAGAGGAACCUGAGCAAGGAGAAGCAGCGGCAUCAGAGGAAGAAGGACGUGCUGAUCCGGGUGGCCUGUGUGCAGCUGAUCAAUGCCACGAUCAACCCUUCCAAUGAGCUGGACUUCAGACUUGACAUUCAUAGAGAGCUGAUGUGUCCUGGAUUUUGACACCUCCUUAAGAGCUCGCUAUUGUAGGCUGGCUGGUGAAUGUGACUCCCAAAUCAUAGUGUACAAGAAUGGAGCUGACCCUGACUUCAGGUGCAAGCACCUCAACAUAAGCCCUGAGCAGUGGGUAGGCUGCUGCUUUGAGUUGAGCUGUCUUCUGGUGUUCCUUUUCAGCACGUGGGAUGGGUAUCGAGGCUGACCUUCACUACUUCAUUUGGGACACAUCUCCCAUUGCUUAGGGCACAGCAGUGCCACCCGAAUCAAAUCCAGAACUCUGCUGUGUUUGGGCAGAUAACUCAACUGAUUAAAACCAAGGUGGAGAAAACUGAAACAGACUGGAGGAACUGGAGACAAAGUCUUUUUUGCUGAUGCGAUUGGGUAAAGGAUAGCUGGACUCAGAACUGACUGUACGGAAGAGCUGCAGAUUGAAAUGAAGAAGACACCCAGGGACUUUGAGGAGAAACUACUUGAUGCAUGUAGUGAGAAGGAGAUGCUGGACAUGGAGAAGCAGCAGAUGGAGAGGCUGAAAGAAGAUCUUGAAAGCACCAGGAGAGAAAUGGCUUCGGGCUCUUCUUCCCUGCCUGCAGCUUCAAUUCCAGGCACCGCAGGGAACAUUCAGCCACCACCCAUCCACCUCCAGGGACUCUUUCUUUCCACCACCUCCCAUGAGGAAUGAGUAUUCCUCCUCCUGCCCUCGGCUUCAGAUUCAGGGGAGCCUGUGCACCUCAAUGGCAUCCAUGGAGAUCAUCUCCAAAGAAGAUUCUCAGCCAGCCAUACAACAAUGAAGACCACACUGGGCUAAGUUACUGCAAAGGACUCGGGAUCCUGGAUCUGUUUGUGGUUUUUGUCUCAUAGCUGAGUGAUGCUUUUUUGGUCCUUUUUGAACUGAUUCUGGGAAAACUACCUGCGAGAUUCACAUGGGAAUUUAAGCCUCAAAUUCAUCUGGAUUUGGCCCUGUGCUGACAUAUUCCUGGCUUGGAAGUUGGACGCUCAGGAAGCGGCUUGCAAGCAAGCCAUCACAAGAAUCGGAAGCGGCAUGAAACAGAUAAGCUGUGCAAAGCUGAAGAAGGAGGAAGCAGAGAAGACACGCCAGGAAUGACAGGAUCAGAGAACGGCUGGUAGACACAAAGGCAGGUGGUGGUGGAAGCACGGAGAGGGGAAAAGCCCAAACUUUUUGAAUCAGGUAAAAUAUAAAAGGUGUUUAGAAGUCCCUGAGUACACUAAAGCUGGAGGGGAGCAAAUGAAGCACCGAGGUGAGGCAGGAACCCUAAGUAGCAGUGUCACAGCAUCCUUCCUCAGCCUCCCAGUCCCGUUGUCUGGCUUGGGUUGAGUUCAGUCUGAAGUCCCUGUUGGGCCACUGCUCUCUCUUAUCCUCAGAGACCUUCACAGCAGCCCAGACCCUCUGCUUGGGCUCGGCACAAGUGGAAGGGUAAGUGUAAAGAACUAGAAAGCCCUAAUAGAUGCCAGUAGCUUACUGCUGUCUCUCAUACCUGCCCUCAAAAUUUCGAGAGCCCCCACGGGUGAAUUUGGACUGCUUUGCUCUGAGGGGAGGAUCUCUACCAGCCAAAGUCACGGUGGUGGGUGUUGCAUCCCUCCUCAGAGCCCCCCAAGGCUCUGGUGACUUGUAGGGUGUAUACCCGCAUGCUCAAUCCUCCCAGGGCUCCCUUCAUUAGCCCAAAAGCUGGCUCUAGUAGCCAGGUUUCGUGGCCCAGGCUUCCCCCCCCCAGCACGCUGGUGCUGUCCCUGCCGCGUUUCCGGGGUGCUGGGUGCCCCCGAGGUGGGUGCCGGCAGGUGGCAGCCUGUGCAGGCAGCGCAGGCAGGCUCACGCAGAUGCUUAAUGGGAUUUUAUAGCUCUGGGUUUCAUCGGGAGCUGUUGUCACGGAAACGGAGCUCUGCCGAGAGCCCCGCGCACUCGGCGUUAACCGCCUCGGCGCCGCGCCGAUGGCCAAGGCAGGGAUGCGCGGGGUAGCGAGCAGCCCCGGGAGGCUCCUCUCAAAGGCGUGCGAUGGCUAACGGGGCCAGAGAGAUGGAUGCUUUACAGAAAGCUUUGCAGUCUGGCAGAGCAGGGGAGCACGGCAGGGUUAGGUGCUGCUCACCGGGCUGUGCCACCUCUGUGCUUCCUCCCGCAGAGAGCUCCAGGGCUGGUAAGCGAUUGACAAAAAUGGUGCCUACUAUUGCUCCUUGGUGUUUGUUCCUUCCUCUCAGCUGUCAAGGAAACCACGGCAUGGUUCGCAUACCCAGCUGGUACUGCUGCAGUUGCUGACGUGUUGCAUCCUUUUAAUCCACAGCCAAAAUAGCUUCUCCACCCCUCCAUUCGUGCUGGCUUACACAGCACCUUUCACUGUGCACUCCCGCCUGCCAUCAUCUGUUCUCCUGCCCAGCUAUGUGGACUGAGAUGCUAGAUUUUUUUCUCAGUACCAUAGAAUGAUUUAGGUUGGAAGGGACCUUUAAAGGUCAUCUAGUCCAGUCCCCCUGCAAUGAGCAGGGACAUAUUCAACUAAAUCAGUUUUUUCAGAGCCACAUCCAAGCUGACCUUGAAUAGUUCCAGGGAUGGGUCAUCUACCACCUCUCUGGGAAACCUGUGCCAGUUUUUUACCACCCUUGUAAAAAUUCCAUGUUUAUAUCUAGUCUGAAUAUAACCUCUUUUAGUUUAUAGCCAUUACCCCUUGUCCUAUCGCAACAGGCCUUACUAAAAUUCUUCUCCCAGGCUGAGGCACCAGAAUUGUACCUUUUACAUGCAUGAAUGUGGUUAAGACAGGGCUGUUACGCUUCUGUCAGAAAGACCUGCAAAGAUUCGGAAAGAGUCGAGGUGGUAGUGGGAUAUAUGGAGAUAUUGCCCAGGUCCCAGCAGCUAGAUGAAAAGAUAGAGAGAAGGGGCUUGUGCCAUGUUAGGGGCAGAAGGAAGAGAGAUCAAAAGGGUUUGGAAAAGGAGACAGCUUGAAAGCAGGUUCAGAAAUAGCAAGGUUUGGGGAGAACAGUGUGAAGAGAUGUUAGAGCAGCUCCUGUGCUGCUGACAGUGGUCCCUGUAUGGGAGAUUCUGGGUAGAAGGGCUGUGAUGUGCUCAGAAUGGAAAGCAAACAGAGAAAAACAGGACCCAAAGUGGGAUUGAGGACACGUGGUGCUAGAUCUGUGCCGUAGAAGUGGCCACAAGCCAGUGACCAGACCAAAAGAGUGCGGCAGAUCUCUUAGCCAAGCAUUUGGAAAAAGAAAACCAGAGUAGAGAUGUAGAAGACACGAAGCUACAACUUUUCUGUCUCAAAUAUAGGAGGAAAAGAAUCGGGAGAAGCAUGUAGAGAAAUCUCCAACUCCGUUUCAGCAGCAUACGGUAGCAGUGGGGUGUUUGCUCGCCUGUAGAAAAGGGCAGGGAUUUUAAGUGGUGGGCUGUUCUGCCUUUCGGUCUCAGCCGGGCCCAAGCCUUACGCGUGGUUGGUGUAGGCUUGCUGCCCCGGCAGACCCUGAGCAGCUUGGUGGCUGCGUGGCAGACGUGUCGUGGUGCUGUUGGCCGUGCAGGGUGCUUGUGGUCCUCCACCGGUGACGGGACCGUGGCCGUAAGCAACAGCAGCAGCCCAAAGCCUGUAGGUACGCGUGACCACGUGUGCUCCUGUACGCCGCCUCGGCUGUUGGUGACGGCGUGCCUGGCGCCCCAAGUGACAUCUCCCCAACUUGGUUUCACCCCUCUGGCCCUCUCCCAGAGGAGCACUGUGUGCUCUGAGCGCAGGAAGCUCUCCUGCUGCAAUCAAAACCCGGGGGGGGGGAGGGAGGGACACACACUCACUGCCUUCACAGCUGUUUCAGACCCAGCUUCCCGUGGAGGGGAAGGAUUUCCCUUUCCACAUCUGCAAAAACAAGGGGCCCUGCCCACAGGGUACGAGGGCCAAGAGGGUUCCCCCUUAUGCCACACAGGGGUAGGAGCCAGGGCAGGUGGUAGCAGGCACAUGAUCCUGAACUCUGCCUGUCCUCGCGGGAUUUCCUUCCCCUGUCCUCUGGGGUUUCCCCUUUUUUUGCUCUUUUCAGAAGGUGAUUUCAGUGCAGCAUCCGUGUGGUCCUGUCGUGGCUUAACCCCAGUGGGCAGCUAAAUGCCACCAGCUGCUAAAUGGCUGAACACCUGCCUGCUGAGGGGAAGUGAGGAAUGAAUUCCUUAUUUCGCUUUGCUUGUGCUCUCAGCUGUUACUUUACCUAUUAAACCACCUUUAUCUCAACCCUUACCCUUCCAGUUCUGCCCCCCAUCCCUCUGGGUGGUGGGGGGGGAUGAGUAAGUGGCUGUGUGGGGCUGAGCUGCCCACUGGAGUCAACCCACAGCAGGUUCCAAGCCUGUGCUGGUUUCGGCAUUACCCCAUGGUGCUCCGAGAGCGUGUGUUUGCAGAGGAUUCUGCUGGAGCCAGUGCUUCUCCGAGUGCUCCUCCCUGUGAGCCUCCUGCCUGAUGUUUUGUGGUCCCCAGGAGAUCUCCCAGUGGGACAUAUUGUCCUUCUCCAUCGUCCCACUACCAGCUGUCAGGACAUUUCUCCAUUCCUCCGUCACGGCUGCCAGGGAAGACAGCAGCUCAGUGUAUGAGCCUUGUCAGCUCUGAUUUCUGACUCCUGUCCUGCCCAAGCAGCUGUAUCUGUUCAGCCACAAGCAGCUCCUGCCCUAGACUGUGAAGGAAUAGGAAAAGCCAUCAGGCUUCUGCUUAAUAGCUUAAGGACCCGUUGUGGGGGAGCGAGGUCAGCAAAAGGGGUGUGCUGCAGCCAGCCCAUGGAGUAAGAUGCGCCAACCACAGCAGGGCAAGCACACAAUAGCUCAGUGUCCUCCUCCGGUCUGACCUGGGGCUUGUCCUACCCCCAGAGCUUCAGCCAGAUGAUUCAGAGCUGGUUUGUGGUUGAAGUGACUCAGCCAGUAUCCUUUUCUGUCGCCUCGACGUCACGCAUAUGCCAUCUGCUCCCCACCACACAGCAAAGUGAAGGCAGGAAAUCGAUUCUGAUUCCAUCGUUCCAUCCGUCCCACUCUGAGCUUGGUGCUGGCCUGGGUACCCAAAGGAAAGGGAGCGAGGGUUGAGCCCCGCAGGAUGCAAGGGGACUGUUCUUGCUCAGACAGGAUGAAGCUGUCACGUACAGAGCAGAUACGUUACCCCCUGCCCCAUUGCUCAGGCUGUUGCUGGCUCUGCGGGAGGGAGGAAGAUGUUCCUCUUGAACCCAGGUGAUGCUAACCACAAACCGAGCCCAGGGAGCAGGGCAGGUUGCAGCCUUUGCCAGGGGGUGCAAUCACACCACAACAAAAAUCUGUGUAUGCGGGGGGAGGAGGAAGCUGUUUCUAAGUCUUUCAGAAAUAUUUCACCAGUCCUCUGCAGAGCCACUGCAAUUUCAAAUCAGGGCUGCUGGGGAUGACUAAUAAUAGCAUCUUUGGGCAUGGGUUUCUAGCCUGGCCAUCCUUUGAUCAAGCCAUAAAUACUCAUUGCCCAAAAUACUAUUAAUGUUCAGUAGCUGUAGUGUUUUCCUGUUGUCCUCCUGCUGAUGACAAUGGCAUGAGAAGUCAGUUGAUAAAGCCCAGCUGGCUUUCUAAAGUCUCCUAAAGAAGCUAAAGUCCCAUGGGACAAGAGGGGAGGUUCCUACAUGACUGCUAACCUGUUAUUUAACAGGCUAAAAGUCAGGAAACAAAAUGCAUCAGGAAGACUGUGAAGAGUAGGAAUAUUUCUGACAAUAUUUCAGUGGGAAAAAACAAAGCACUAACUGUGAAGCGAGCAGGGGGAUGCUCCAAGCUGAGCAUUGCCUCUUGGAGCGAAACCUGGGGUUUAUGGGGUUUCCAUGGCAAUGUCAGCCCAGUGCUCUGCGGCAGUUAAAAACCCCAAAUCCCCACCCGAGAUCUAGGAAUCCCUGGGAAAGGAAGAAGAGGAAGGAAGAGCAACCACAGCGGUGGCUUUUUUUUUUGUUUUAAAUGUGUUGUGCUGCCUGCAGUUCUGGUUCCCCUGCCCGAGGAGGGACAUCAUAAACGAGACCAGCUGUGGAGGGAGGCAGCAAGGGGGCGUGAGGGACAGACCCGUAAGUGAUGUUUCCUGCAUGCUGCACCACUGGUGAAAUGGCCACUGUGUGGGGCUGAGGGGCAGGACAGGGAGAGGCAGACGUGGCAAGGAGAGGUGAGGAGUAGUUUCAAGGGUGCUCCAGGGUACGGAGAGGGCAAGAAAAGGGUGCUGGGUUCAUGAUAGCCAUUUGGCAGAGUCUCCAAGAGGCUUUUAAAUUCCGUACAGGAGCCUAUAGCUUGUCUCCUCUGCGUGGCUUUGCGUGCCUGCCCUUGGUAUUUCAGAAGCUGGGGUGACAGCAUGAAAGUCUUUUGGUCCUGAAAGAGUUAUUUUCCCAUGCCUGCCGUGAUUCAGCUGCGGCUUUAUAUUUCUGAGCUGGUCCCCUCCCUUCUGCCAUCCCCUCCCAAUCGUUAAAAUGCAUCUUCAGAGGCACCGAAGGCAGGAGCUUGUGCAGGCAGGGCCCGUGGCUGCGGCCGCGCUGGCCGGCCACUGCUUGCCCCUGGGACCCGCGGGUCCUCGGCGGCUGCUCUGGGUCAGGGCUGCCAGCUUGAGCCUGGCAUCAUGAACUGGAGGAGCUCAGGCCUUAAGCUGACAAGGCUUCUUAAGAGCAGGUGCUGUCUGGGCCUCGUUACUGGGAUGCCGGUGCUCAGCUGCCUCUGGAUGAGGCCGAUGUGGGGGGGGAUGUGUGGAGGUGUAAUUCUCCGCCAGCACAACCCCCAUGAGAGCCUGGCGGGCAGCAUCCUCCGUUACACCGCCUCUGUCCUCUCCCCUGGGGGCCUCCUAAGGAGGUUGUGUCCUGAGGUGUGGAGUCCCAGUUGGGUCAGUGUUGCCCGUCGGGGAGCUACGCCUGUUGUCUGGGGUUGGGGUGAAGACAGACGGAGGCCUGAACCUUUAACGUGCUCCAUUUUGCUGCCCUGGACCCCUUGGUGGGAACUUCUCGAUUCCCCAGUGUCCUGAGGUCAGGUAGCUCCCCCAGCCCAGCCAGCUGCUGCCCACGAGGAAGAUGGUUUGUACCAGAGCUGGCCUGGAGGUGCUUCUCCCCCCUCUUUUUAACAAUGCCUUGUUUCAGAACCAUGCAAGACCAGCAAAGCUAGCAAGGUGACAAGAGAUGGAGGUGUUCUUGUGGAGACCACAGACAUCAUCAGCUGCUCCAGCUAGACUUUGUCCCUGGCAAAGGCAGAAAACUGCUGGACCUGUGAGAGAUUUCAAUAACUGAAGGGCCAAAGGCUUCAGCCAAGGGGAGUUAAAAUCAUCUGCAGUUCUCAUGCUGGAGCAGACUGGGCAGAAAGGCAGGAACGGAAGGUAAAGCCACAGCCCUCCCCACACGUAGCUCAGUGCCGGGGUGCCAGCACAGGGACCCCGGGUCUUGCUUUGCAGGGUGCUGGCUCUUGAUACAAUAGUUUACAGUUGAGAAGCUUACGGCUUCCAGACGUUUUCUUGUUCUAUUUUAAUAUCUUUGGAACGUUGAAGUAAUGGAGUGAUCCAUAACAGCCCAGCAUCAUCUGGGACCAGCCCACAGCUCAGCUGCUGUCGUAACACUGCAGGCUGAUCCCAGCCCAGCAUUUCAGGUGUUCCUGGGGCUCGUUAUCCCAUCACGGGUUGGAAGCGCUAAUAAAAAGCUGGGCGAACCGAGGAGACCGUGUGCCCCCGUGCCAGGUCAGCCCGGCAGCCCCGCGUGGCACGUGGCAGGGCCGCCGGUCCCCUCGCCGCCGCGGCUGCUCUCAGCAGGGCUCUUUGUGCAGGGCACGAUGCCUGCGCUCUGCUUCAGAUGCCGCUUCGUGCCUGUUACCCCACUCCCAUCCCAGGUGCUCCGGCAUGCAAACCUGGCCGUGCGUGAACCGGAGAGAAUAACGGCGAGCGAGUGGCUGCAGAUAAAAGCCCUUGGGAAGAGGUGGGCGCGUGCCUGCGCGCAAGAGGUGUACAUAUCUGUGUGGCAGCUCCGUGCCAGCAGUGCCCCUCCUUUCGACCCCGCAGAGGGCUCCUCCUGCCCUCGUUCUCUUGUGAGCGGCACCAGCCUGGCCACCCGCUGAGUUUAGAGGUUGACCCAGCCAGAAAUCAGCCAGCCUGCAGCUCCCUGCUGCUCCGCCGGGAUGAAGGAUGCUUUCUCCCAGAUGGCUACUUCAGAGGGACAAAUGCUGUGCCGCGUGCUGGUGGCACUGGCUUGGUGGCACCGGAGGAGUUUGUCUUUGCGACUGGUUCCGUGCACGGGGCUGGAGCCGAGGGCGCAAGGCUGCGUCCUUCGUGCAUGGACAACCGAGCCCGGGCUCUGUUCCUCGUCCUGGGACCAAGCACACGUUGCAGCAGCCAUUCUGCUGCUGGAGUCCUGCUGGCAUCUCGUGCCCGGUGGACUAUCUCAUGCACUGCAAUCUGGGGACCACGGGCUCGGAGGGAGCCAGCCAGGUCCCCACAUCUGGCUCUAGCAGGCCCCUUUCCCAAGCCCCCCCUUCCUUUCCCCCCCUACCCCCAGUACUGCCCCACACAAAGCAGCUUUGUCAGCCUCUUCCUCUCCUCUGUCUGGCUGCUCUCCCUCUCUGGCACCCGUUUCAGCUCCCUCUGCAGCAAAAGACCCUCCUUCUCUCUUUAUCUCUGGGGUUGGGGUCCAAGCCCCGGUGUAGCCCCAUUUCAGCUCACGGGAACCCCCGGACUGUGCACUGGUCUGGAGAUAACGGGGACAAUGGGAACGCCACCCUGGCACCCACCCGCAUCCUGGGGACCAGUCGUGCAGCUGCCACCGGGAUGAGAGGUGGGCACCGCUCCCCCAAACCUCUGGAGUCAGGGGGGCACGGGGUGGGGGAAGUUUCCCUCCAGCACAGCUUCACCAGCUGCUUUCCCUUCCCCAUCCCAGCAGGGCUGUGUCGCUCAGGCUUCACCCAGGAAAGGUCCCCUCAAAUCCCAGGUGUCGUGAGCCCUGUGGGGAAGGAGGGGAGGUCCCUGGGACAUGUCUCUGCUUCCCAGUCCAAAACUGGCAGCAACUUCCAAACCUUGGCCGCUGGGAUGUCCCUGGCACAGUGCCACCCACACCCCUGUCCCCUGAAAGGGGGAUAUGCCCAAACACAGCCACCUCCAGUCCCCUUCCUGCUCCCAGCCACCCUGGCAAAACCCUGGCUGGUUUGGCUCAACAUCGUUGCCCAUUCAUGUGGCGAAGGUGCCAAAAACCCCCUCCCCUGGCUGCGUGCCACCCGGGGCUCCCCGGGGAUGGGUUGGGGGGGACCAGCACUGGGCUCUGGGGGAGUGGAGGGGUGUUCCUGACUGCAGAGGCAGCCUCAGACGCAGGGACCGCGCGCAUGGGCUGGCUCCUCCACCGGCAGCUCGGUGACAGUGACCCUGGCAGGUCCCACCCACAGCAUCACAGGGACCCCAAUAAAUUCCAGCGGAGUGUGUGGGUUUCAGGGGGGGAUGGCUGUGUCCCCUUCGAGCUGAGCCCCUCCAGCCACACCGUGGCCCAGCAGCAGUGCUCACAGCAUCUCCCCCAUCCACCCGCUUUGCCUUCAUCCCGCCUGGCAUCCCUCUCCUUCCCCUGCCUCCCCCCUCCCUGCCCUCCCUUUUCCCCAGCUCCAUGACUUUCAGGUUUUGGGCACAGCUGCCCUCGGCUCCCCCCGGGGCCAACCAGCCACCAGCUCUGCCCUGUGGGGGUGGACAGACAGACAGACAGAGCAGGCCCCCAGCAGCUCAUGCCACUGCACGACAGAGGCCACCACAAGGUCACGCAGGCUGCAAACGGGCAAAAUCCCAACCACGUCCUAUCUCGCCUGGUCUCCUGCAGCCCGGAGAGCGGCUGAGGGCUGGCCCUGCUCCUCCACAGGAUGGAUGAGCUCUUGGCAGCCCCCGAAAGGGCAGGCAAGGCCUUCCCUCCACCCCUUCCUUCACCGCAGUCACAAGGUUUCAGCCGGCAAAAGGCAAA